CAUCCAUCCAUCCAUUCCUUCUAGCCAGCCGACCAACCACGAAAGGUGUUGGCCAGUUGCGGGACCGGUGAGUUGCACUGGCAUUCUAUGGGCAUCGCUUCACAAUCGAGAGUAGAAUCGCUCAAAAGGCUUGCCGUGGGGCGGUUUUUGUGAGGAAAAAGGGAAAAAGCUCGACACAGAAACUAUGCGUAUCAGCAUCAAUAUCCAUAUCGAUACCGCAGCAAUAGUUAAUAUCUACUCCUUACUCCUUCCCACCAAAUCGUAAAGACCUCACUAUUAUUAUUAUUCCCCCGCGAAUAACCACCGCCCAUGGCCUUCGACACCCCAUCUCACUCAGCCCCCUCAGCGCCCUCCACCCCCUCCGAGAUGCGGCGAUGGCACUCCGCCACCUUACCAGAUCACGAAAACGACCCCACUAUUCCCCCUUACGACCCAACACCAACACCACCACCAUCCGCAAUCACCGCCUCCUCCACCCUCUCCACAGUCUCUGACUCGCCUCCCACACCCACCACGCCGUACGCCGAUAUCCUCGCGAUCUACACACGGGACCUGACCACAGGCGCACUAACCAGCAUCUUUGGCCAGUGCGCCGCACAAAUCUCCCUGCGCUGGCGUGUGGAGCUGCGGCCGCAGAUCCUGCAAGCCUGUUUCGCACACGGCCAGCGCGACGGUGGGGGUGUGGGUGUGGGUGUGCGGUGCAGGGUCUACGUCUGCGGCUCCGGCUUCGGCUCUGCGGACAGCGGCAGUGACAGUGACAGCGGCGGUGACAGUGACACCCCCGCCUCGGUGCUGCUCGAGAUAUGGGAGCACCGCGUCCCCGCCGAGUCAGAGGUGCGCGGGGCCGUCAAGUUCCCCGUUCACGGGGAGGCGGGGGCGGAGGCGGAGGAGAUGGCGGCGCGGCUGCGGAACGUGUUGGCGCGCGACUACCGGUGUUCGGCGUGUGGGCGCGGGAUUUUCGAGCAGACGCCGCGGUUCUAUACCGCGCGCCGGCUGAGGGUGCAGUUUCUUCUCACUGAUGGGCACGAGCGCGAGCAGGAGCAUGAGGAUGGGCAUGAGCAGGGCCUGCCAGUAGCGGGGGCGGGGGAGGACACGCAGAUGCUGCCGGUAGCGGCAGUGGGAGAGCCCGCGGAAGACUCCCCCACGGCGGUGUCGCUGGCGGUAAUAAUCGGACUGGCGUCGGCGCUCCUCGCACUGCUGCUGCUGCUGUUUGAGAUUACGUUGUGGCUGACUCCAAGGGUGUGGUGGAUAAUCUGCGCCCAGUGCAUCCCAUAGUCCAGUCCAGUCCGUUUUUCGGAAAACGUCCGACUGGACUGACAGAUUCAGUCCGGCUGGCGCCGUGAACUGAACUGGUCAGUCUACGCAACAGCUGGGGUCAGACGGACUGUAGUCGACUGGAUGGACUGGGUACUUUGAAUGGAAAACUCAGGGUAUUAUUGUGGUACCAAAAGCUCGACACCGAGACUGUGAAUGUUAGCAUCAAUAUUAAUACUGCGGCCAUAUUUACUCUCUACUUCUUAGUCCUUCCCACCAAAUCGUGACGGUCUCACUGUUAUUUCUGUUAUUCCCCCCACGAAUCACCACCGCGCAUGGCCUCCUCCACCCUAUCUCACUCAGCCCCCACCCCCUCCACC